ACAGCAAAGUACGCAGGGAAGAAGAGCUCUCAAGACGCGUUAGUUCCUGGUUGCAAUAAAAACAUAUUUUUUUUCACUGUUUGAAUUCGCAGCCAAUUUUCCUCAGUCGCAUUCCCUUUAUUAGUUUGUUUUUUCUUCGGACCAGUAUGUUCAAAGGGUUCGGGACGUGGCUGGGUCUGGAGAAGACGUCAGAGGACAAGGAAAGCCACAGUGUGGAGCAGGAAGAGAAGGUGGUUGAAGCCCAAAAUGAGGUAAACAAACAGCAAGCAGCUGAGCAAGAUGAUGGGACAGCAGAGACCAAGGAAGAAAACCUUGACCACAGCAAAGGACUCGGUGAGUUCAUCUUCAGCUUUGCCUCCAGUGCCACCAAGAAGCUGUCGGAGUCUGUGGUGGGGACCGCUCAGACCAUCAAGAAGACGGUGGAAGAAGGGAAGAUCGACGGCAUCAUAGACAAGACUAUUUUGGGAGACUUCCAGAAGGAGCAGGAAAAGUUUGUCCAGGAGAAGAAGGCCAAAAAAUCAGAAGCAGCAGUGCCUCCCUGGGUGGGCUACAAUGAGGAAGAGACCAUCCAGCAGCAGAUCCUGGCUCUGUCUGCUGACAAGCGGAACUUCCUGCGGGACCCUCCGGCUGGUGUCCAGUUCCACUUCGACAUGGAGCAGAUGUACCCUCUGGCUGCCGUCAUGCUGGAGGAAGACCAGCUUCUUAACCGCAUGCGCUUUGACCUAGUUCCUAAACAGGUGAAGGAGGAGGUGUUUUGGAGAAAUUAUUUCUACAGGGUGUCUCUGAUCAAACAGUCGGCUCAGCUCACAGCGCUGGCAGCCCACCAGCAGCAGCAGCAGAAGGAGGGUGGAGAGGGCGGGGCCAGUGUUUCACCCGAUGACAUCGUCUUAAAAGAGGUCAGACCGAAAACUCCACCAGUUUCCAUCAGCGACAUGCAGAAGGCCCCUCAUGAGGAGGAGGAAGAGAUUUCAACAAGUCCUGGAGUUUCAGAGUUUGUCAGCGACGCUUUUGACUCAACAGCGAUCAACCAUGAGGACCUGAGGAAAGAGAUGGAGCAGCUGGUGCUGGACAAGAAGAACAGUGUCCCUUCUGCUGAUGAUGAGUCAGCAGAUUGGGAAAAGGAGUUGCAGCAGGAACUUCAGGAAUACGAGGUUGUGACUGAAUCGGACAACAAGGACGACCAGUGGGACCAGGAGAUCGAGAAGAUGCUCCAGGCUGAAGACAUCUAGGAAACAACUCUGCAUACAUUAUGGCUCAGAAGGAAUGACCAGUGAUGCACGGGGGCCCUAAGUAGCAAAAGUGCAUCUGUUGGAGGCAGGGCGGGCAUAUUAAUGAAGUACUGCUUUCUUAAUUAGUUUUAUCUUCUCCUUUUUGUCUGGCCUGUCUUUUGAUGGGUACAUCCUCUAGAGGGAGCCAUGGUACAACUUGCAUCAGCUUUACAGAACAGGCCUUUUUCAUGGCAGGCAUUUUGACUGCGAGAGGGACAUGUACUGUCUUCCACUUCCAGGAAGCUGUGCAGCUGUGCAUGUUCUGCACUUUGUCCAGUAGUACGUAGUCCUCAUUGCUAGACAUGUUCUCGUCUUUCUCUCAGUCAGUCUCUGCUGUGAAAUCGCUCUGUUAAGGUGGUGUCUUUGGUUCAGCCGGUGCUCCCUGCUUGGUUGUACAGUUGUGUUGCUUAGUAAGGAAGGUCAAAUGUAAAAUUAAGAGUAUGUAAAUAAAGACAGCUGUAACACUAUAGUGGAAGUUAGAUUGUCUUCAUUUAUAAAAUAAUAUUUUGUCAGAUUUUGUGGACCAAGUUUCUCUGUAGCUGGAAAACUACUUUUAUUGUGAUUUUCUUACUUUCUUCACAUUCUUUAAUAAAUGAUAAUGUUAUAUCAGA